AUGCUCUCUAGAAGUUUGGUUGGCGUGUCUCGUUUGGGUACAAGAUUUGGAAGAUCACUUCAUAACUAUUGUGUCGAUCCUUCCAUCGGUCUCUCUCCUGAUGUUGUCGAGAUGCAAAAAGUUGCGAGAGACUUCGCCAUGAAGGAAAUGUAUCCGAAAAUGUAUGAAUGGGAUAGAGAUGAACAUCUUCCUUUGGAUGUAUUGAAAAAAGCCGGAGAAUUAGGAUUUGGAGGAAUUUAUACCCGCGAUGAUAUCGGUGGAUCAGGCUUAUCUCGCCUUCAUGCUUCUGUAAUUUUUGAGCAGUUGGCAAUAGGAUGUACUUCAACUGCUGCUUACAUGAGUAUUCAUAACAUGUGUGCUUGGAUGAUAGAUGUUUUCGGAAAUGAGGAACAACGUCAGAAAUAUGUUCCAUCCAUGUGCACUUUCGAGGACUUAGGGUCUUACUGUCUGACCGAACCCGAUGCCGGAUCUGAUGCUGCUAGUUUACGAUGCACGGCCAAGCGAGUAGGAGAUUAUUAUGUUGUGAACGGUUCAAAGGCUUUUAUCAGUGGAGCAGGAGAUACAAAAAAUUAUCUUGUAAUGAUGAGACACGAAGGACAAGCUGGAGCCAAAGGAAUUUUCUGUUUAUUAGUAGAAGAUGGAACCGAAGGGUUCACUUUGGGGAAAAAAGAGCACAAGUUUGGAUGGUGUACUCAGCCAACUAGAAUUAUUAGCUUCGAGGACUGUAAGAUUCCUGUAGCCAACCAGAUCGGAGGAGACAAUGAAGGCUUUUCUAUUGCCAUGACUGCCAUAAAUGGCGGAAGAAUUAAUGUAGCGAGUUGUUCUCUGGGUGCAGCUCAGCAGAGUUUUGACUUGGCUGUUGAUCACCUGAAAGUUCGUAAGGCCUUUGGCAAAACUCUGUCCGAUUUCCAAUGGAAUCAGUUCAAGCUGGCAGAGCUUGCCACUAAACUGUACACCAGCAGGCUUCUUGUUCGUGACGCAGCAACUCAUCUGGAUAACAACACAGUACAUAAGACUGCUUUGUGUGCCAUGGCCAAGCUACAUGGAACAGAUAACUGCUUUGAGGUUAUUAAUGGAGCUAUGCAAAUGUUCGGUGGUUAUGGAUUGCUCAAGGAUUAUCCAAUUCAACAGUAUAUUCGAGAUGCCAGAACUCAUCAAGUGAUUGAAGGAACCAAUGAAAUGAUGAGACUUAUAAUAGGUCGGGAUGUUCUUACAAAUAUGACAGCCUUGAGUCAAUAA